AUGGCAGAUGACGAACAACGGGACUCUGUUCUUGAGUCUGCACAAACUCAGAGCUCAGUAGAGAAUACCCAAAACACGUCAGAACAACCUGGUUUGAUAGACCAUACCGAGGAUGUAGAUAUGGGAGGAAUUGAUGAUAACUUGGACAUGGACGUUGAACCUAAUCUACCUGAUGAUUUUGGUAACGAAUUCUCAGAAUCUUUGCCGCAAGACUUCCCUGAAGAGUUCGGCGAUGCACCAUUGGCCGAAAACCUCCCUGAAGGAAUAAACGAUAAGCUUUUAUCGAAUCUGGAUAAUGAGAACGGUGACGCGGACGAUGCAGAUCUAUUUGAGGAAGAACCCGAGGAACAAAACCCUGCUAAUGAAGCAUCCGAAUCUGAUUUGUUGAAAUCCCCAUCUAAAGAAGACGAUACUACCGCAGCAGGUAAUGAGGAACAAGAACAAGAACAAGAACAAGAACAGGACGAACAAAUGGAUAAAGAGAAUGACGAAAUCGCGUUGCCAGAAACUAAAAAGGAAAGCGAUUCGAACGGCGAGGGGAACAAUGACCCUGUUGGAAAUAUAGAAACUGAACAGAGCGAGGUAGAACCUGCACAGAACGAACUGGAAACUGCCAAUGACAAACAAGAGCCAGCACCAGAACCAGAAUCAUUUACUGAAAACCCCAAAUUACCAGACGUGAAGGACUUAGGGCAGCCCGAUUCUGGUAUAGAUGCUCCAGUACAUACUACAACAGAGACAACAGUUGAUGAAGAAAUUGAUAAAGAGCACAAUACUGAAGCAGAAGCAGAACCUGAAGUAGAUAGUAUUCUUGAACAAGAAUCGAGAUCAGCUUCUCCUGAAUCAAAUAUAACCGUAAAGCAAGAAAGUAAUACUGCUGAUCCAAAAUUAUUUGUACCGCAAUCCCAUGAAAUUGUAAUCCCUUCAUACUCGAAGUGGUUUAAUUUGACCAAAGUUCAUGAAAUCGAAGUGAAAUCUUUACCGGAAUUCUUCACUAAUAGAAUACCUUCAAAGACACCCCAGAUGUACGUCAAAUAUCGUAACUUCAUGGUAAACUCUUAUAGACUAAAUCCAAAUGAAUACUUCACAGUCACUGCAGCUAGAAGAAACCUUUGUGGAGACGCGGGCGCCCUCUUCAGACUACAUAAAUUCUUAACCAAAUGGGGAUUGAUCAACUAUCAAGUAAAUGCUACCAAGAAACCUAAAAUGGUUGAACCCCCAUUCACUGGUGAAUAUGAGACGAGAUACGAUGCUCCGCGUGGAUUAUUCCCAUUCCAAUCUUAUAAGCCGGCCCUACAACUUCCUGAUAUGACCCGCUUAAAAAAGAUAAUGACUCAGUUAGACACCAAACCCUCGGAACCAUCAUCUUUGAAAAGGACUAGUGAUGAAAUCUCCAGUGAGCACACUCAAGAUUUGUCAAACGGGGGAUCCAGUCACGUUAAUGGUAUCACUAACAAAACGGCUUCGGGUUCUGUGGGACCAGAGAACUACGGCCUGAAGGAUGAAAAGGAGUCUCCAGUGAAUGCCGACCUUGAGAGAAACGAUCGCAAACCCAAAAGACCAAAGAUUUCUCAACUGAUUGACAAAGAUUGGACCCAAGAAGAAAUCUAUAAACUUAUCGAACUUAUUAAAGAGCAUGGCACCGAUUGGUUUAACAUUGCCAAAACUCUAGGAACAAAGACUCCGGAGCAAUGUAUUUUAAGGUUUUUACAAUUGCCUAUUGAAGAUGCAUUUUUGAUGGAUGAAAAAGAUCUCGGACUCUUGAAGUUUGGUUCUCAUAUUCCUUUCAAUAAAUCUGACAACCCCGUAAUGAGUACGUUGGCAUUUUUAAUAGGGUUAGUCGAUCCUAACAUUGUUCAGCAUUUGACUAAAAGGGCCAUUUCUCUUCAUGACAUUAAUGUUAAUACGGGUGCUAACACGGAAGCAAAAGACGCAGAAGAAAGGCAGGAAGAACAAAAAGAAGAACAAACAGAGGAAUCAAAAGAAGAACAAAAAGAAGAAAUAAAAACUGACGCCAGGGAAAUUGAGCAUACAGAAACGGGAGCUGAAAAAUCUGAACCUGCAAAUUCAAAUGCCGCAGAUCACUCCACAGCAACUGAAGGAACUGCUCCAGCAGCAGAACAAGUAGCAAAUUCAGAUGUAACUGUUGACACUUCAAAUGAGAAAAAUGCAAAUACACCAGAGAAUGAAGAAAAAGAAGCAACAGAAGUAAGAGCUGAAAAAACAGGAGAAGAAGGGCUACAAAAAGCGGAAGAAAAGAAUAAAGAGGAAGGUAGUCAAGAAGAAGCGAUUCCAGUGGAAGAACCUCAUCAAGAAGAAUCUUUAGAGAAUGAAGCAUUAUCAAACAAGGAAACACCAUCGGAAAAACAAGAGCUGCCAGAAGAACAAGCAGUAACGGUCACAAAUGCUGAAUCUGAUGCUAGAAUAACAGUGAAGGACGGCACAGAAGUCGCUCUAGCUACCUUGGGGCUACGCUCUCAUGUAUUCGCUACCAACCAAGAAAAAUUGAUGAAUAGGACGACAAAUGAUUUAAUCAAUACUCAACUAACAAAAGUCGAUUUGAAGUUGAAGGCUCUUGAUACCAUGGAAAAAUCCUUGGAACUAGAGCGCAAGGCUGUGCAUAGGAAGCAAGAAGAUGUUUUCAUUCAAAGGCUAAGCUUCACCAAGUAUGCCAACUCUCUUAUGGGAAAAUUUGAAUCUUUACUGAAGCAAAUUCCGGAAUCUCCAGAAAUCAAACAGCAAUUACACGAAUUACGUACCAUAAUUGCUGAUCCACCAAAGACAAGUAUCACAUCCCAAUCGGGUAAUCUACAAGAUUCUGAUGAUCUAGACUCCGCCAACAAACCAAUAUCGAUUGAGUCACCGCAGUUAUAUCGUUAUUGGUCAGGUUAA